UCGGCAGCGAUAACUGCACUUCUCUGCGUUUGACAAAUUUAGGACUAAACGUCAGUCGAGGAAAGACCGCGCAUCGUAUGAUCGGAUCAUAAGAUUAUUCCAAGUGCUGACGGCCUGUCAAACUGAUCGUUGCAGGACGCCCGUGUCUGGUGACGUGUCGUUAUAUCCAUACCUGUGCUCACCUGUGUGUACUCCGGGUUUGUAAACAUGGUUGGUAACAUCAGAGCGCUGUGGCGCCAAUUUCCGGUCAAACAGGUCGCAAUUUUAGGGGUGCUCCUGUCGAUAGGGUCCAUCGGUGGAAGCACCAUACACCCAUUUCUCCCGUUCCUCACCCACGACUUCUUUCCUUACUUGAAGAGUAACCAGAUAGGGUACUAUGCCGGGUUCCUGACCAGUGCGGGCUCUACUGGUGUGUUUCUCGGAUGUUUUAUGUGGGGGAAACUAUCGGACAUUGUUGGCAGAAGACCCAUCCUGCUGAGUUCGGCCACGGCGAUAUUGGUAGGCACGAUGCUAGUGGGCUUCAGUUUCUCCUUCCUGUGGACCGUGGGCGUGAUGUUUUUUGAAGGGCUACUGAACGGCAAGCUGGGCGUGGCCAAGACGUACCUGUACGAGAUUUGUCCUCCCAAGUUCCAUUCAUUUGCCUUUUCUGUUGUCGGUCUUCCUAGCUCGGUGGCCCAAUUUGUGGGCCCUUCACUGGGUGGAUUUUUGGCCUGCCCGGCUACAAGAUUCCAGACGUUCGACAAACCUGUCUUCAAGCAGUUCCCGUACCUGCUGCCCUGCGCCGUAGCGGCAUGUGCACAGUUCUGCAUUCUGAUAGGAGGCUGCUUUUUGCUGGGUGAAUCUCUGGAAAAAAGCCCCAAAGAUGAGUACAUCGACCUAACCGAAGUGUCUUCCCGAGACGCACCAGAAGACAAAGACAAACGUCCACGACAAGAGGAGUCCACGUGCAGCCUGCUGCGGGACAGACUGGUGCUGAUCCCCUGUGCGCUGUACGCUCUCCUGGCGCUGGUGACCAUCUGCAAUAAUCAGAUGUUACCCCUCCUCCUGGUGUCUGACUCCCAACAUGGCGGCUACAACUUUGAUGCUGCGGAGAUUUCCAUCGUAUCGACCACUCACGCCAUCUACAGUGCUGUUACACACGUAACGAUAACCCCUUAUAUUGCGUCCAAGUUCACCUACAAGACGGUGUUCCUGUCUGGAGUUGUGUUGUACGCAGUGGGGAUCAUCUUGCUUCCGUCCAUGGUCAACAUCACAGGUGCAGUGAGGAGUCAACAACUUCUCCAAACAGCGAACUCUAGCGAUUUGACACUGAACUUCACGGCUGCUCCUGGGCAAUUUUCGACCUCGCCACUAGGAACAGAAAGUUACAUACAGCCAACGACAGAAAUGAACGCGACAGUUACCGGCCAGUGUCGGCUAGCCGGGGACAGGAGGAAGACCUCCCAGCAUAAGGCCUCAGACUUGCCCGCCAGAGUUUGGGGUCCACUGCUGCUUGUGUUGACGGUGAUGGAACAGGGAAGCACACAGUCAUACCUGGCCGUCAUCGUGAUGGUGGGAAACGCCGGUGUGCAAUCCAACCGGGGGACAGUUAACGGCAUCGCGCAGACCCUGGCGGCGCUGUCCCGGCUGGUGGGACCGGCGGUGAGCGCCAACCUGUUCGCCUGGACCACCGAUAACGGGUUGCCCUGGCCGCUGGAUCACCACCUGUCCUUCUAUCUGGUGGCCGUCCUGUGUAUCCUCGUGGCGGUCCUCUGCGCAAGUCUACCGGCUUCCAGCAACCUGCCCAGGGCCGACAGUCUCACAGUAUCAGAGGAGGGCGACAGAAGGGAGGAACCCAUGUUAGAAGGAACACUGUAUCCAUUGAUGGACAAAUAAGCAAAAAGCACCGUUUUAUUUGAUCAGCGUCUUAUUGUUUAACAUAUAGAGACAGCACCUCAACUGGUGAAGUUUACAGAACGGAUAGGUAGAGUCAAGCAAACAUCCAAAUGAAGACCUCCUAACUG